AUGGCUGCCAAGUUUGAAACCGAUCAUUCAACCGAGACAUCCCCAACAAAACCCAGGAGUGCGAGCAAAACUCAAGAUCUCAUAUUACAAUUUUCACAAGAGUCACCCACCAAGAGUAUCCGUUCCACAAGAUCCGUUUCAACUUUGGGACACAACCGGAAUGUUUCAAUUUCAAGCCAGGACCGGCGUCCACGGCCACCAGCAACAAAUACUGUUAGAGAUGAGGCUCUUGACCAGAAUUUGCGAGUCUCAAUCAGGGAGGAGGCUGCAAUGAGGGCAGUCGAGCUUCAACAAGCUGACAAGGGGCAAAGGCCAAGCUCCCAUGAGCAACCAGAAAUGUUAGCUCAACGACAAACAAUCCCUAGGAGGAAGCCAGUCCCAGGCUCCAGGGGUAAAGAGGCAUUAUUAGAGAAUCCUCGAAGCCUGGGAACCAUGAUGCCUUAUCCUGAACAGCCUCCUAUCGCUCAACACCUCAACCUAAUCAGACCAGCAUCAUCAGCAUCGAAUACGCAGUACGGGACAGACCCGUCAGUUCCUCACAAUAUUUCAACUCCUUUUCAACGUCCCGGCAGUACAACUACACUCCAUGCACAGAUUCGAAGUCUCCAACGGCAACUAGACCUCAAGACAGAAGAAGCAGUUCAUUUGCGAAGGCAGCUUGAGGUGCAAGGAGAUGCAGAUAUCGGAACAUUGAGUCAGCAACUACGAGAAGCCAAGAGGGAGGCACAGACGUGGAGGGAAAGAGCUGAGAGUGCAGAACGAAGAAUCAAAGUGUUUGAACGAUUCACAGCACGACUCAAAGGGAUACGAGAGGCUGUAGGAGUAGACACAAGAAAUGCCGACACAGACCUCGCAGCCAAGUACUUGGAUGAGGCUGCGAAUGAACAAAAAGAAAACACAUUCUUGGAGAAGGCAAUGGGUUACGAGAGUGACAGUUCAGGGAGAACAGAAGAUGCUGGUGUGGUUCAAGCUCGGAUACGCCGUUGUCUCCAUGGCUUAACCGAUGGCCCUCCAGACAAACCAUCCUUAGGACUCGACGAGACCAAAAAUACAGGCCCUGAAAGACCAAGACGGGAUAUCAGCCCGAGUACAGUCGAGGUCUGGAUGGCGGCACAGGAGUUGCUACAGCUCGAUGAGGCUCAGGGGCAAAGAGAGGAUGAAUUGAGUUCUAGAACAAGACGGUGA